UUUGCAUUAUUAUCCGUUACUGGACAGGGCUCGCGGCAAAAGUCAUAGCCAUCACUCCCUCCAUCACACUGGACUUUGCGAGCGUCACUCCGGCGACGCUUCUUCCUACUCCCCACCACUCCGAUCAACGUUGCUCCUCCUCCUCCUUGUCAUUCUCUGGCUCUUCAUUCCAGCCCCUCCUCCCUCUCUCCCUAUCAGCUCGUUUGUCAGGGCGACGCCGCUGGUCUACUUCCCAGCCUCCAACCCUUCUCUCUUGUUUGCAAGAGUGGCCAAGUGGGUUUCUAGAGGGGGGCUAGGGAGACGUAUGCCAGGUGUAUGAUGAAAUUACUAAGCCAGGCACUGCCCUCACUCCUCAUCCACCUUCACCUUGCUGGUGAUGUCCCCGGUGGUUCACCAGUCACUGGCCUCCACCUUGCCGGCGAACAUUCUCCUCCCCAUAUUGACGGCCUCCUCUUCUCUCUUCUCAACCAGUGAUCGACUCUUCACUGUCUAUGCAUCAGAAUCCUUGAGCUAACCCAAGUGACACCUCUGAUGUUGAGCUCCUUUAUCUUCUCCUCCUCCUCCUCCUCCAUGAGCUUCAUGGUCUAACUCUGCUGUCUCAGUUCACGGAGUCUAUUGCACUCUCACAGAGAAACCUCAACCACGGUCCACACAGCUGAAAGAGUUGAGAUUGGGAGACACAGCUGAGCUGGGAGGAAAAUGUUCCUCCAAGCUUUCACACCAAAGUAUAUCCCUGCGCCACUUCCUUUGUCCCAGAUCUGUCUGCACCACCCAAAGCUCACCCGACACAGCUCGAGACUUCUUCCAAGCCGUGCUGCUGCUGCCUGCACUAAAUCUUCUUCUGAAGCAGCACCGAAUGCUGAUGAGCCUAUUGAAGGUGACGACCUUGCAGAGCCGAGAACUCUUCGAAUGACAAAGCCGAGGAAGGCUCGAAGGGGUCGCAGGAGCGAAGCUGCUGCUGUGGAAGACUUUGUCAGGGACUCCCUCGAUCAAACAUUUGCAUCGAUUCGGAAGCAGAGCCCGGAGGUUUUUGAGAAUUACAAGGAAGAUGCAAUUCUAAAAAACAGGAAGGGAAGAGCUGAAGAUGACGAUGAUGAUUGUGACGGUGAUGAAAAUGAUGAUGAAAGAGAGAAAGAGUUUGUAGUUGAGGAGGAAAGUAUGAGUUGGCCCGUUGAUGCUGACGUGGGUUGGGGAAUAAGAGCAUCAGAGUAUUUUGAGCAACACCCUAUCAGGAAUGUCGUUGGGGAAGGCGGUGCUGAGAUUGACUGGGAAGGAGAAGUAGAGGAUAGUUGGGUUAAGGAGAUCAAUUGUCUGGAAUGGGAGAGCUUCGCUUUCCAUCCAAGCCCAUUGAUUGUCCUUGUGUUUGAGAGAUACAACAGGUUUUUAAGGGCUUCAGAGAAUUGGAAAGCUUUGAAGGAACUUGAGAGUGCUAUUAAAGUUUACUGGAAGUGUAAAGAUCGACUACCCCCUCGGGCUAUAAAAAUAGACAUUAACAUUGAGAGAGAUUUGGCAUAUGCUCUUAAAGUUAAAAAUUGCCCACAAGUUCUGUUCUUACGAGGAAACAAAAUCUUAUACCGGGAGAAAGAGUUCCGAACUGCCGAUGAGUUGAUUCAGAUGAUCGCGCACUUCUAUUAUAAUGCGAAGAAGCCUUCAUGGGUCAAGGAUACAGCUCUAAACCCUGCUUACAAAUUCUAAUUCUGAGAUGUGCCCUUGCAGUUUGGAGGACGCAUGAGCUUCACAAAAUUGACAUAUGGUGAAAUAACAAAAGGUUAGUCUUUUCUUACUCCGUACCAGCUUUCCUGUAAGGUAGACCACAUGGAAGGUUAAGCAUGGUGAAGAAAUAGACUCUGAGUCAGAUACUUUCCUAUUUGGUUUUUUUGGUAUCUGAAAUCAUCUCAUGUAUAGUAAGUUGCUUAUGGGAAGAGAUUCAUGUCAAAACGGGCGAGGGAAGAUGCAAGGAGAGAUUUGUUUGGAGGAUAUAUUUGACAAGAUAUAUGGCCAUCUUAUUGUAAACUGAUACUGGUUGUAUUGUGGAGCGGAGGUUGGGGCUGGGAACAAGGGAAAGUCGAAUAAAUUGGGGCUAUAUGCAAGUUGACCAGAAUAUCGGGUAGUACUUAUAAUUAAUAUUGUUCUGUGAAAAAUAUUGGAUUCUUUGGUAUGUUUGACCCUGUUCUUAAACUUUGAUUUGUUAACUGAUAAAGGCAAGGUGAGGUUACAAUCA